AAACAAACGUUUAAAUAAACUAAAAUGGCGACGACAACAGCGGCUAGACCGCCGGGUGUCACAGAAGAUGACGAGGAAUGGCUGUAUGGAGGUGAAAACAAAGAACCAGCUGCUCCCGGGACAAGUGAGCCAGUAGCCAGGCCUGAGAAGGAGGAUGGGGAGAUGAGCAGUGAGCCAGCAUCUCAGUCCCAGACCCAGGAAAAGGAUGAUGACGAUGAUUCUGAUGAUGAUGAUGAUGAUGAUGAUGAUGAUGAUGUACAGGUCACCAUUGGAGACAUCAAGGCUUUCCAAGUCUCCAGUGCCAGCACAUUGUUUAAGCCAGGUGGGACAUAUCAGAAACAGCCGGUUGUUUCAGGUCAGAAGGGCACUGCUCCGGGGGCAAAGGGUGUGGAUGUUGAGGGGGAGGGGCAGGUGAAUGGCAUCCCCCUGUAUGAGUUCUCUCUCGACUCAUUACGGGAGGAAGACAAGCCCUGGAGAAAACCAGGAGCUGACAUCACAGACUAUUUCAACUAUGGCUUCAAUGAGGACACAUGGAGAAGAUAUUGUCAGAAGCAAAACAGACUGAGAAUAGAAAAUGGUGUCCCUAUACCAAAGGCAUUCCAGGCUUAUGCUGGUUUACACACACCGUCUACACUGGUGAAAACAGAAAUGGAUGUUGGCCAGAAAAUGAAUACAAAGCCGUCCUUCAUGAGCACUCCCCAGCCCAUAGGGACCAUUGCAGUGUUGGGCUCAACUGCAGCAUCGCGGAGACCUGUAGAGGAAACUGUAGAAAAUGUACAACAGAUCGGCACCAUCAGUAGUGACGUCUCGAAGCCCCCACCUGGUUUUCCCGACUUCAGCAUGCCCCCUCCAGGGUUACCUCCCAUGCCUCCUGGCUUUUCACCAACUGUUCCACCUCCGGGAAUGCCCUUACCUCCACCCAACAUGUUCAAUCAGCCACCACCAACAUUUUUUGCACAUUUGCCACCUCCAGUUGCCUCUUUUGAUGUGACACAGACUCAGCCAACAUAUUCAGACUCUAAUAAAUCCUACGAUACAAGAGACCGUGACAGAGAAAGAGACGUGUUCAGAGAAAGAGAACGAGACAGAGAUAGUGAUGGAAGUGAAGAUUAUAGAUACAGCUCGAGAUCACGAGACUACACUACAUCCAGGGAUUACGACAGGGACUACUACAGAGAUCGAAAGGAUCGUGACAGGUCACGGGAAAGAUCAAGGUCAAGGUCACGAGACCGUGAUCGUCGUUAUCGAGAAAGGGACCGUGAUAGGGAUGAUAAAAAAUCAAAGAGAAAAAUCAAGGAUGAGCCAGAUGAUUCAGAUUAUUACAAAUCCUCCUCCUCGUCAAAACACAAGAAGUCAAAGCGCUCCAAACGAGAUAAAGAUGACACAGCUGAUAAAGGGGAUGAUGUUGGAUCGUGAACGAACAUUUUUAGUCUCAUCAAUUAGUGUCACACAUUUCUCUAAUAUGUCGUUGUCAUCUGUUCAUCUGCAUGUAUGUAAAAUACUUUUUGUGCGCAUAUAACAAAUGCAUAGACAGUGAGAGGACCUUUUUCAAAAUGUGGCAAUAUUUCACUGCUAAAGAGGCAAAAAGGCAUGUGUGUGGUUCUUUUCCCAUAUAAUGUUAAAGUGUAUUUAAAUGUGCAAAAAUUGUAUUCUGAAAAAACAAACAACACACACAAGUGUUAGACUGUAUUUUGUUACUGAAAACAAAGAUCUUGUAGAAUUUUUGUUAGUGAAUAUUGAAAUAAAUGGGAAUGCAAGAA